AUGUCGUUAAACUUGUGGCUGACGAAUGAUGAAGACGAUGAUGGAAGAAGUCUAUAUGCUACGCGUUGCGGAAAGGUUGAAAUGAUAAUAUGCGAUAGACGGAAAGCUAGACGGACAAAAGAUAGAGUAUUGAUAAAGAGCUUUGGAAGGUCAUUGCUAAAACUUCAACGAAGUAAACCGCUGAGACUGAGCGUAAUGCGGAGCUUUAUAUUGAACCUUGCUCUCCGUUUUAUAAAGAAACGGGCGAGAAAGCUACAGACUAACGAGAUCGUGUUCGUUGAUAGUAUUAAGGAACUUGGAAAAAAGACCAACACCGGCAAAAUGUUCUUCUCAGUCGUAUUGCAAAAGUCCCAGAAGACGGAUCACACCAGAAGUGUAGAUCAAUGUCGGAAGAAAUGA